CCGCAAUCCACAGAAAACCACACAACAAGGCGUACAUUCCUUCCGCUUCGCACACUGACGCUUUUGGAUUGGCAUACGGAGACUUCUCCGGUCAUCUUUCGGAAGAGCGCUACUCCACAGGUUCACCUGUCCGGCAGCCGUAGUUUAUCACGGCUGACGGUCCUCGAGCAUCUAUCGCUCGAUGUCGAUCGUAAAUAUAGCUGCUGGUAGGUGGGUGGGAUUCCAUCAAGCCCUAAUGCGUUUGGUUUUGGCACUCUGAUUGUUCGUUUAUUACGCUCGUCCACGAAAAAAGUGUUUCGUGAGUGCCCGCCGUAGUUCAUUGUGAGGAUCGAAGUCACCACCGCAAACUUAGACAGCACUUCAAUUACUGACGUUAAUUUCAAAACUGGCAACACAACGUCAACUCACCUCUCCCGUAUCUAGAGGCUUCUUCGUUUGUCGCGAGAGAAAGAGACCCUGUAAGCGAGCUUGUUUUAUUACCUGGCUUUCGGUUUUCUCGCUUCAACGAGUCUGGCAGCGAGUGUGCGAUGACACCUUCGGAAUCUUCUGUGCAUUGGAAUCGACAUGUUGAGUAGGAAACUGCUCAUUACUCUCGCUGAUCCGUAAGGCGGUCCAAAAGCGACGCCGUUAUUCUCGUCUCUAGCGUACUUCACAAAUCGGGCUUUUCACGGGAAAGUGUCGAGCGGGCGUCUCGGUGUCGCCGUCCCAAGCAGAUUCGGCCCACACCAUUCGCGCACACGGCACACAACAGAUGACGGUCGGAUGCAACGGCUAGCGAUGCGUUUUCCCAAGAAAAUUCGCGGGCGCGAGUAUCUGCUUGGGUGCUCUCCGCGCGACUGGGAACGUGCGGAUCCAAUUUUCACUUUGCUUGUUGACGCACGUCGGCGAAGUUCAGCUUGUUUUUUCAAACUUUGCGCCUUUUCCCUUCCUCUCCAGAGUUACUCCCCGUCACCUGCUACGGCGUUUCGUUCAUGUUGACGCUGCUCCAUUCGCCGCGCUCACGAGGGCCACUUAGCAGUUGAUACCGCCAGUUGGUGUCCUUUUCUGUGCCGCCAAAAUGUCGCAACCUGUGUUCGCGUCUCCACUGAACGUGGAAAAGAGGAGGCUUAAUGAAGAGCGGGCUUUGAUGCAGGCCCAGAAGGCAGGCGGUGAAGGUGUGAACAUUCAAUUGCCACCCAACUACGGAGAUAUGGACCUCAUCCUUUUCCCGGAGGGCAGCCUGAAGAAUUCGAACAACACGGUCAUUCCUCAGUCCCACUUGAAGGGAAAAUCCGUGGCUCUUUACUUCGCUGAUGGUGCCGACCCGAAGUGCGCGUCUCUCCUCCCCUUUCUGCUCAACUAUUACCGGACGAUGAAUGAGGGCGGCGCCAACCAGAAGAUAGAGAUCAUUUUUGUUAGUUUGGAUCGAGAUCGCGAGGCUUUUGAGAGUCAUCGAGCGCACAUGCCGUGGCUCAGCAUCGACUUGGAAAAUCCUUUGACAGAGAUCUUAAAGCGUCAUUUUCGAGUCAUGAAGGAAUAUGAGGUGCCUACGUAUGGAUACGGCAGCAGGACUGGCGUCCCGAGUGUCAUCGUGAUUGGCAGUGACGGGCGUGAAGCCCAGUUCCUCCCUAUCUGCAGCGGCCUCGAGGAAGGCGACAGAGCUCUUCUUCGCUGGGACUGGAGAAACACGAAGUUCGCCUCUGACCAGUUCCACGUUCGCCCAACCCUUUUAGAGCAGUAGGGACAAAGCCGGUGUAAAGCGCGGAGCCAGAUGAAGGUGCGUGGAUAGAGGUCCCCGCACCGGUUAGUCGUUGGACACGAAAACGAAUGGACGAGGCGACGUGCCGACUGUUGUAACAUGCCAUGAGUGGAGAACUGCCUGAAGCCGAGUUUUUAAGCAUUGACUGUCUUGGUCGUGAUGCAGCUGCUUCGUACUAAUUUCUUCGGGAAUUCCGUCGCACAUGGCAUCAGACUCUCAUGGCUUAAAUGACUGUGUGAUCGGGUCGCCACGCGCCACGAUUAUUUGUGGUGGAAACAUCGAAAGAAAAGAACUUGUGGUUCUGUGACGUACCACAACGUGUCGCCACCGUUUGGCCCACUGGACACGCUCUCGCUCUUUGGUGGGGUGUCUGGUUCUCUUUCUGUGACGUUCCGGGAGUACAUCAGGAUCAACUUGUCGACCUUUACAGCGAUGCGUCUCUGGCGAGCGGUACUCAAAAUGUGACUUCCUCGGCCUGACAGAAAGAAACAAUGUUUCGAAAAGGUAAUGCCUCAUGCAC